AUGCAGCCACUAGCUGCCAUUCCGUUAGCUUGCUCUAUCGUGACAUUCGUGCUCGGCAUGUUGUGUCUUUUCGCAGGCAAUAAGCCUGGUUUCAUGGAGAACUACCACAUUGUGACACUCAAUACCUCCGGAAUUGGACAAGACCUCAUACCCACAACAACCAGUGGUGGUUCCACACCCACCUCUCUAUCCCCAGGAGGAAUCGUUAGUAGUCUUAGCGGCUUGAUACCCCGUGAACCUGGAAUUGGCGAUGAUAUUGCAAACGCACUGGGCGAUCUUGAGAACGACAUUGCAGAUAGGCUUGCGGAAACUUUAGGUAUUGAAGAAUGGUACUCACUUCAUCUGAUGGAUAUGUGCCAGGGAUAUUAUACGCCAAAUGCAACUUCUAAGGGGGCAGGAUUCAACGUAAGCUCUUGCACGAAUCAAACGGCUAUGUUCCACUUCGAAAUUAGUUCCAUAAUCUCCGAACAAUUAUCUAUCGGCCCCCUUCAUUUGAAUCUUAGCGACAUAGGCUGGCCCUCUGCUAUUCAGGAUGGUCUCGAUACACUCUCCACGGCUAUGAAUGCUACCUUCGUAUUCUACUGCAUCGGCAUUGUAGCCGCUGGUCUAGCGAUAUUAACUUCGCUCGCCGCCAUCUUUAUAACCGGCCGUCUCUUCUCUUUCCUGAACUGGGGUUUAGCAUCUCUGGCCCUUCUGGCUCUUACUAUAGCCUCCAUCAUCGUCACUGUCCUCCAAAACAAAGCUGCAGAGAUCAUCAACAAAUUCGGAAAUGAUAUUGGAGUGUAUGCAUAUAAAGGACAGAAGUAUCUCACCCUGACAUGGGCCGCUACAGCUGUUAUUGCUGUUGCGACUAUUGCUUGGGUAGGUAUUUUCUGCAUUGGCCGUAGACAAAAUGGACUUGAACUCCAUGAGAAGAGUCGAUUUGGAAAGAAGUGGAGACAGAGUGAUAGUAGCGAAUUUGCGAGAAGGGGCGCGUAG